AUGACUUUGCAGCCGCUCAAGCGAGCCAGGGCUGCUUCAGCAGGGACGCUGGCCGACACUGUUUCCUUCUCGGUUUUGGCACGGAGGGAACAUGAUGAAGGCCAGCUGCGAACUGAGCGCCGCCGUAUAACGGAUGAAGUGCUGCAGUUUCUGGAGAGCCCUGCUUGCCCCUGCGGUGAGCUGCUGCAGCAUCUCCAGCUCACCCUGGUCGGCGGCAAGAAGGAGGAAAAGUAUGGGUUUCACUGGCACUUCGUGCAGCCCAUGGCCCUCCUCUUCUUGCUGACAGAAAGGGUGCCCAGCUUCGGGGACAUGUUGCAGCGGAUCAUGGAUGAGAAAGGCCGUUUGAGGAUAGGCCUUUAUUCCGACGAGACCAAGCCUGGCAACCCGCUUCGACCGGACCAUGGGAGGGCCCAGGUGUGUUUUUACUUCACCUGUCUGGAUUUGCCCGACUGGGUGAGGUGCCAGACAGGUGCCUGGUUCCACUUCAGCGCCUUUCCGUGCAAGCUGCUCUCCGAUGUCCCUGGAGGCCUUAGCCAUCUUUUCUGUAAGACAAUGGAUGUAUUCUUUGGUGAGCACUUUCGGUGGAACUUCAAGACUGGGUUUCCGUUGAAGUGCAGCAAAGGUACCUUCCUGGCCCAGGGAUCUUUCGAGUGUUUUGUCGGGGACGAGAAGGCCAUCCGGGAAACCUUCAGCUUGCGUGGAGCAACGGGCACAAAGCCCUGCUGCCACUGCAUGAACGUGCUGGGUCACAUGGACAAGCACAGUGUGACGGUACCGGGCCUUGUGCACUAUAGCUGCGACGACCCCGGCAAGUUCGUGUUACACAGCAGCCAGACCUUUCGAACAAUGUGUCAGAAGCUGGAAAUUGCGCCCAAGAAGGAUCAAAAGAAGCUGGGCCAGCUUUUCGGCCUCACCAUGCAUCCAAAUGCCGUGCUGUUUUGUGCGCCGUGGAAGGACAGCGUGGACUGCGUUCAGCAUGUGUAUUGGGACUGGAUGCACAUUCUUUGUGCCAGCAGUGGCAUGGGCCAAUACGAGGUCGUGUCUUUGGACAUGCUUGAUGAGUAUGCCCAACAAUGGCGGCUUCCGCAAAGGACCAGCAACCUUUGCAAGGGUUUUUUUGCGGAGAGGCUGAACAAGGAGCCGGACAGCUGCUUGAAAUGCUUCGCAGGCGAGCCCCUGACGGCUGUUCUUAUUCUGGAUGCUCUACGGCAGGAUGUCUUGAGGCAUGUUCCCGAGACUGCGGAGCACUGCAGAUGCCUGGCACUGCUGGCCAAGAUUUUCCGUAUUCUUGGCAGCGGAGACAGGGUGGUGCAGCAGUUGCAAGAGCUGCGCAGAUGCAUUGCAGAGCAUGCCCGCCUCUUCCGCCGGCUUUAUGAGAACUGCGUGAAGCCCAAGUUUCACUGGGCUUUCCAUGUCCCCGGCUGCAUGGAAAAGUUUGGGGAGCACAAGAACGCGGUCGUGAAGAGUCUGGCCACCAUUGCCAAUGGGAGCCAUCUGCAGCAAAACCUGAACAUGCGGGCCGCCUACAGCAACGUGAGCCAUAUACUGCAGAACCCGCUCUUCUUCAGUGAGGUCGGCUUGCGCGAGCCUGUUCGGGACCUGCCUUGGGCAGUGGCUCUGUUGCACAGCGUGCUCCCUGGAGUUCAGCAGGUGAAGGCCGCGAGAUUUAUGAAAACAGCCAAGGGCACGAUCGCUGCGGGAGAUACAAUCUGGAAGCCCGGCACGGCCGAGGUCAUGGUCGUGGACGAGUGCUUGCAAGCUGCGUCGUUGGAUGGCGCACAAUGGUUGGGCUUUCAUGGUGUUAUUUGCAAUCAAGUGGGACCUGACCUCUUCGAGGCCUCGGAAGAGCGGGGCAUACGUGCCUGGAGCUCUGAGCACGAAGCUGUGCCUGUCAAGCUGAGGCUGCGGAUUCUGCAGAUCUAUAGGCCUGGCAGCUGA